AUGACACGAUCAUUACUACGCGCCGUCAUCUUGACGUCCGCCUUUGCUUUCUUCAGCUCAGCUGCAGCUCAGUCUUCAGCGACCACAACAGAUGCUCCAUCAGCUGUCCAAACACUGGGUUGUUAUAGCAAGCCCGAUCCUCUAGUCGAACAAGGCAGCUACACAUUUCAGACCUCGGGAUACUGCCAGACACAAUGUGUCGCGUUGAACAAAGCGGUCAUGGCAAUUACUGGAGGCUCAACUUGCUAUUGUGGUACCGAACUACCCGCCUUGGAUCUAGAGGUGGAUGACAGCAAGUGCGAUUCGCCGUGCAACGGUUAUGAUUCACAGAACUGUGGUGGGCUUGGCUAUUGGCAGCUCUACCUCACGGGUUUGACCGCCGAUGUCGAGACUGCUGCCAACAGCACCUCCUCUGCAGCAGCAGCCGCCACAACCCAAGCCACUCAGACCUCGGCAACCACGCAACCCGCAGUUGUAACUAAGGCUGGUGCCACGGUGGUGGUAACAGCAUCAGCGAGCUCGACCGCCAGCGCUGCAAAAUCUGGUGGUUCCAGCAAAGUAGGAAUUGCCGUUGGUGUGGUCGUGGGUGUUGUCGCAGUUGCUGCCAUCGCUGGUGGUACUCUACUGUGGUUCAGACAUAAAAGAAACCGCGACAUUGAGGAAGAACAUCGCCGCAACGCGGCAAUCGGCGGAACGCAAUCUGAUAAGUCAUCAAAGACUGAUCAACGACUUGAUCCGUCGAUAUAUUCUCACCGUCGACAAAGUAUCGGCAGUAUUGCUGAUGAACGAGACUUUUCACGGAGGAUCUUGCAGGUGCGGAAUCCGGAUCGAGACUCGAAAGCGUCGAACCUGGCAUAG